UCAGUCUGCCAGCCGAGAACAUGGAAGGAAUGGACAUUUAUGAAAAUACCACUGUGAAGAAUGGAGGCGAAUCUGAGCCGGAAGGUCUGAAUCCAGAACAUUGGCCCCGAAGAGCAGAUACUGCUCGACAAAAUCUACAACCCAAGAUUAUCUACACUCUCCUGGGUAUCUGCGUCCUGGGGUCCGUUUCGUCACUUGUUCUUGCGAUUGUACUGAUGGCACAGAUGGGUGAAAUGAAGGGGUCAGAUGCUGACUUACGGAUGGAAAUUUCCCAAUGGAAGAGCAUUGUUACAGGAGACGUUGAGAAAGCAACCAGCUCUCUCUCCGACGUUCAGGCUGAGAUCGCACUGCUGAGAGAGCAUGGGCUUUCUUGUCCCGAGCAAUGGACCAAGUUCAAGCAAAGUUGUUAUCACUUUUCCUCAAGCACUAACACCUGGGUGGAGGCCCAAAGAAUAUGUGCAUCAGCCGACGCCCACCUUGUUGUCAUUAAUAAUGCUGAAGAACAGAGCUUUUUGAAGAAAAGAUUUAAUGUCGGUCGGUGGAUUGGCCUGAGUGAUUCGGCCUCUGAAGGUGACUGGCGCUGGGUAGAUGGAACCGAUUAUCAAUCCACUGUAACGUUUUGGGAUAAGGGAGAACCCAAUGAUGCGAACAAUGGGGAAGACUGUGGGGAAAUCAAUGGUGUUGGACAAUGGAAUGAUCAACCGUGUGAAAAUAAACAGAAGUGGAUCUGUGAGAAACCAGCACAGUGCUGUUCUCCUUAAAUUCGAGGUUCGUGCAAAAUGUGCAAUGAACCGGCUUGGCAAUGUUGAACAUGUCACAGGAAUGUGAUAGCAGUG